GCGCAAGCUCCAGAAAGUUCUGUAUCGUACGACCUUAUUUAAAGCGCAUGCGACUUGAGAAUCAAGCUUCACUGAUAAUAGAGGUAGCCUAACGUCAACGGCGGACCAACACCUCGCGUUUUGAUAAAGGCAAAUAUAGUUGCACAAAGAUGGUUAAAGAGACCGGUUUCUACGACCUUCUUGGCGUUAGCCCCAAAGCAUCGCCAGAUGAAAUCAAGAAAGCCUACCGAAAACUGGCCCUGAAAUAUCAUCCAGACAAGAACCCCAAUGAAGGAGAAAGGUUUAAGCUCAUAUCCCAAGCCUAUGAGGUUCUGUCCGAUCCAAACAAGAGGGACUUGUACGACCAAGGAGGGGAGCAAGCCAUUAAAGAAGGGGGCAUGGCAGGAGGGUCCUCCUCACCCAUGGACAUUUUCAACAUGUUCUUUGGUGGUGGUGGAAGAACCCAAAGAGAAAGGAGAGGGAAGGAUGUAGUUCACCAACUCAGUGUCACAAUGGAAGAAAUGUACAAUGGCACAACCAGAAAACUUGGCCUUCAGAAGAAUGUUAUCUGUGAGAAAUGUGAUGGUUAUGGUGGCAAGAAGGGCACCCUACAGAAGUGCUCCAACUGUAAAGGCAGAGGUGUCCAGAUCCAGGUGCAGCAGAUCGGGCCGGGCAUGAUCCAGCAGACCCAGAGCAUGUGCGGUGACUGCCAGGGCCAGGGAGACAGCUUCAGUGCCAAAGACCGCUGCAAGACCUGCAACGGGCGUAAGGUGGAGCGCAAGAAGAAGAUUCUGGAAGUGCACAUCGACAAAGGUAUGAAAGAUGGUCAGAAAAUCACAUUCCAUGGAGAGGGAGACCAGGAACCUGGCUUGGAACCUGGUGAUGUCGUCAUUGUUCUGGACCAGAAAGAGCACUCUAUCUACCAGCGGCAGGAUGACAACCUCAUCACAAAGAUGAAUAUCAAACUCGUGGAGGCGCUCUGUGGCUUCAAGAAGAGCAUCUACACCUUAGACAACAGAACAUUGAUCAUCAACUCUCCACCAGGUGAAGUGGUGAAGCAUAACGACAUCAAGUGUGUCCAAGGAGAAGGCAUGCCAGUGCACAAGCAACCAUUUGAGAAAGGACUGCUCAUUAUUAAGUUCCAGGUGGAAUUCCCAGAGAAGAACUGGCUUCCUGAACACCGCCUCCCUCAGUUGGAGAGCCUCCUUCCGGAGCGUGACGACAUUGAUAUCUCGGAGGACAUGGAGGAGGUGGACCUCUGUGACGUGGAGUAUGAAUCCCAGCGGAGGAGGCAGAGCAGGGAGGCCUACGAGGAGGAUGAGGAAGAGGGGCCCAGGGGCCAAGGCGUCCAGUGUCAAACACAGUGAUUGUACACAGCCCUCAUCACGUUCAAAAGGGGGAGGAGGUCAUCGUGCACAUACCAGGCGCUGGACAGGUGUCAAAAAACACUCCUGAAUAAAAGAAGAGCCCACACACAAAAGUCCAAACACAAGUGUGCAACUUUUUUUUUUUUUAUUCAAGAAUAUUCUUUUUUAGAACCUGUUCAGCCAGGUCCCACACCCUUUGUUUUUUUGUUUUUUUUUUAAAUAUAUAUACAUAGAUUCUGCAGCUGUAAUGUGAGUUUACCUGUAUACUCAACACCACUGUUCCAAUUUCUGGAUGGGCCAUGAAAAAUCUCCCACCUUUGAAGCCUUAGUGAAGCGUUAAAUGGUUCACACUGACCACACAAUCCAAGUCUGUACACUAGUAAAUCAUACUGUAUGCUUCACCUGUCCACUUCUGUUAAACAUGCUGGACCAUAUGAAGAGGAAUGGGAGACAUGAAUAUACCAUGUCAUUAUGCAAGUUUAUUUAAAUAUUUAUUGUUCCCUCAAUGGAAGUGGGAUUUUUGAUUGUCUUGUUUUAUCCUAAGGAGUUGGAUACCACUGUAUUUUGCAUGCAUCUCAUUAAUGUGCCGUUUGUGUGUGGUGUACCUGUCUCUGUAAGUGGUCUUGUGUUAUGCCGAAGUUUGUGUAGUUUUUGUGUUUGUGUUUGUAUUUUUAUUUUCUAAAUGCACAUGAACAGGCCCUUUAUUGAGGAUGACGGGUCAUUAUAUGCUUUCUAUGAAGGUAACACCUCCUCUCACAACACUGACCUGCACAUUGUUAUUCUUAUUUCUCAAAUAAAAUCUGAAAAAGAUUUCAUGCAUA